AGUCACCGUGAUUUCUUCCGGGUUCCUGUCUCGGUUUGUUUUGUUUGGGUGUAUCGGCGGACAGCGCAACAUGACAGAAAGUCACUCUCGGCGACUGUGAUAACCGCUUUUUCUUCCACUUUUCCCACAAAAUAAGAUGUCUUCUGGAGUUUUACACGUCGCUGUAUUUCGGUAACCUCUGAUUAGUGACUUUAAGGUGAUUUCAUCCAGACCUGAGACACCUGUUGCGGCAGUUUCGACAGACAGGUGCCACUUUGUCCGUCACCAACACCGGGCGAAGCUCCGGGUCGAGAGAUCACCGAAACUUGGAUUACUUCCUUAACUAUUUUAAACUAAGUUUUUUUUUUUUCUGAACUUGUUGCUAUAAUGAAAGUUACGGUAACUUUCGGGGACACCUCUGUGGUGGUUCCCUGCAAAGCUGGGUGGACAGUCCGGGAUUUAAUCGAACAAGCUACGCGGAGGUACCGCAGGAUUUUGGAGCAGCGUGGAGAGACUGCCAUGCAGACCCACCACUUGGAGUAUAUGGAGGGAGGCAUCCUGGACAUGGAUGACCUGCUGAGCGAUCUAGUGGAAGACAGAGACAAGCUGGUGGCAGUGUUUAACAAACCCCAGCAUGUGAGGACGGAGAGCCCCCGAGAGAGCAUGUCUAACAGCUCGUCCAGUGCUGCCCCGAGUCCAGAGCCCUUCACCUACUACCCCCACCUGCAGUACCAGGAUGAAGACAGAGGAGAGAUCGAAGUGAACGAGGCCGUCCUCAAAGCCAAUACACCUCUAUUGGUGAGGAGCAGCAGCGACUCUGCAUUGGCCCCGCCCCUUGAGACGACAGCCACACCUCCACCUGAUAAGCAACGCAACGGAUCUCUUGAACCGGAAAUCGGCAAUGUACUGAAAGGAGCUCUGGACCGACUUGCAGAAGACCCCCCUGCCAAGAUGAGCAAGAUUAACUUCAGUAGUCUGACGAGGACAGUCGAGUUCCCUGGUGACCGUGGGCCCCUGGGUAUACACGUGGUCCCAUACUGCUCCUCGCUCAAUGGACGACCCCUUGGCCUCCACAUUAAAGGCAUCGAGGAAAACAGUCGGUCCAAGAAGGAGAAUCUCUUCAAGGAGGACGAGUGCAUCGUCCAAAUCAAUGAUACACCACUGCAGGACAAGACCUUUGCGCAGUCUCAGGAAGUGUUCCGCCAAGCUAUGGGGUUGCCUUCAGUGCAUGUGGAGGUUCUUCCUGUAGCCAACAAGUCACGCUAUGAGAAAAGCUUCAUAGGUCAGCUUUUCACCAGCGACAGCAAAGACUCGUCUACCAAAGGCAGUCCAGUGGUGACGCGCACUAAAGCCGACUCCAAGCCAGAACCCAAACCAGAACCCAAACCAGAACCUAAAAUGAACACCAGGACGGAUAUGAGGCGACCAGACGCACACACGAAGACCCCAGAGCCAACUCUGGUAAACUCACAACCGGUGGAGUCUGUUCAGUCUGUGUACGGCUCUUUAGAGAGAGCGUCUCCCACGUCCACAGCCAGGGCUGCGAGCUCGUCUCCGACAACUUGGCCCCGCAGUGAGAGCCCGCUGGCCAGUAGGAGUCCUGCUUCCGCCAACAUGUCUAACCUCACAGGAAGGAAGGGUGGCAAGAAGAUGAAAAUUGACUUGAAGAAAGGCUCUGAGGGUCUGGGUUUCACCGUGGUAACAAGGGAUUCAUCUGUCCAAGGGCCGGGGCCCAUCUUGGUGAAGAGCAUUUUGUCGCGAGGUGCAGCAGUGAAGGAUGGACGCCUACAGCCAGGAGACCGCAUCCUGGAGGUAAACGGAGUAGACAUGACAGGCCGUAGCCAGGAGGAGCUGGUGGCCAUGCUGCGCAGCACCAAGCAGGGAGAGAGCGUGUCUCUGGUGGUGGCUCGGCAGGAGGACAUGUUCCUGCCUAGGGAGCUGAAAGGGGAGGACUUGAGCAGUCGGGUGAUGGAGGAUGGCAGGGAGCAGCUGAUGUACGAGAUCCCGCUCAAUGAAACGGGCUCGGCCGGCCUGGGGGUCAGCCUAAAGGGGAACAAGUCCAGGGAGACCGGAGAGGACCUGGGAAUCUUCAUCAAGUCAAUCAUUCAUGGAGGGGCUGCUUAUAAGGAUGGCCGUUUGUGUAUAAACGAUCAGAUGAUAGCGGUGAACGGCGAAUCGCUGCUCGGGCGCUCCAACAACGCCGCCAUGGAGGGCCUGAGGCGGUCCAUGUCGUCGGAAGGAAACACCAGAGGCACCAUUCAGGUGGUUGUUCUCCGAGCGCCCAAGCAGGGCAACACGCAGCGUCACGUGGACACACGCGGCCACGAGGGCAGGCGCACGCGUAGCCGCACGCUGGAUGAUCUCCACGACCACGAGAGUAACAGUUACACCGAAAACAUCCGAGCGAUGGCAGAGCAGAUGUACGGGGACUCGCCUACGCACUGCAAGAUACCCACUCGCGGUCAGAGUAACAGAAACACACACAUAUCUGCAGACAGCUACGUGGACGCACACUCGCAUAAUUGCAUUCACAAUCAGUCUCUGACCAGACGAUACUUUCAGCUCUGA